CACAGUCGGAUGAUAUAUGUGUUGCCUGGACAAGCAGGAACUCAUAAACUGAAGCCGGUUGAGAGCGGUUUAUUGCCAGUUUUUCUUUGAUUUAAGAACUUAAAACAACGAACAGUGUCUUGUUUGUAGUCUUAAGCUUUGAAUUUACUUUAUUUAUCCGACGUUAGUGCUUAGUUAGAAGCGAGAGCGUUUGCUAUCUCUCACCUCACGCGCGCGGAACGCGGCUACGGGAAGUUGACUGGGCGGGCUGCAGUGUCAAAAAUAUCUAAAUCGACAUUUAUCGACAAUUUUGUUUGAGUGGAAUGAGCUACCGUUCACUCACUGAGUCUGUUGCACAAUGGAUGUCCGCUCUGUCUGCCUAAUUACCCAAGCCAAAACAAACCGUAACAGAUCUAGUCUAUUCAGAGGAUAGCAAUAGGCCCUCACUCCACCCUCUCCCUUAACGUUACAUAUCAGUUUAGAACAGAGCAGUGCAGAUUCUCUCUCUGGUGUCUGGAUUGCUUUGAUUUGCUGGUUUAGCAAAGGGGCGAAGGUAGGUCUGAGGCAGAAAACAGAUUUAGAAACACUAGUACCUCAAUUAUCUGGGGAUUAAAAUAUCCAGUGUGCUGCUGCUUGAUAUAUUUAUACAUAUUUGGUUCUCUUCCCUGUAAGAUUGUGAAUUAUUUUUUCUGUAUAACUUGAAAACCAUCAACGCACAAUGGUGUCGACAACUCUGGCCACGGUAACGAUUUUGACUACCCUUGCCGCUCAAGUGAAUCUGUCGGAUUAUCUAUGGCUCCUAAUCGUAGGGUUCAUCAUAGCGUUUAUCCUGGCCUUUUCAGUGGGUGCUAAUGACGUUGCCAACUCGUUUGGUACAGCAGUGGGAUCAGGUGUAGUUACGCUUAGGCAGGCCUGUGUUCUUGCUACUGUAUUUGAGACUCUGGGCUCUGUGCUGAUUGGAGCCAAGGUCAGCGAGACCAUCCGCAAAGGCAUUAUCGACGUGACCAUGUACAACGGCUCAGAGCACGUGUUGAUGGCUGGAUCAGUCAGCGCUAUGUUUGGCUCUGCUGCUUGGCAGUUGCUUGCCUCUUUUCUGAAGCUUCCCAUUUCUGGGACCCAUUGCAUUGUGGGAGCUACCAUUGGCUUUUCACUGGUCGCCAAAGGUCAGCAGGGUGUCAAAUGGCUGGAGCUUCUUAGAAUUGUUGCUUCUUGGUUCCUCUCACCUGUCCUCUCUGGCAUCAUGUCUGCAGUUCUUUUCUACUUUGUUCGCAUAUUCAUCUUGCAAAAGAAAGAUCCAGUGCCCAAUGGUCUGAGGGCACUGCCAUUCUUCUAUGCUAUUACAAUGGGAAUCAACCUGUUCUCCAUCAUGUUUACUGGAGCACCGAUGCUGGGCUUUGAUAAGCUGCCCUGGUGGGGAGUGCUGCUCAUUUCCAUCGGCUUGGCCGUGGUCACUGCUAUCAUCAUUUGGUUUGCUGUCUGCCCUCGGCUCAAGAAGAAGAUCGAAUGUGAAGUAAAGUCUUCCAGUCCCUCUGAGAGUCCUCUGAUGGAGAAGAGGGAGCUGCAUGAAGCUCACAGUCCCAUCCUGAAACCUGUCCCUGAGGAGUCCAGUGCCCUGUCCUCUAACAUCCCCUCGGCCCCACCUCUUUCUGAGGAGCGCAGGGUCACCUUUGACAUUGGAGAUUCAGAUGACGCAGAUCAGAAGGACUGCAAAGAGUCAGAUACGGACAGUGCAGCUCCGAAGAUGGCCCAUGUUCAUUUAACCACUGGCCCCACCGUUCCUAGCAAUGGUUACUCUCAGUACCACACAGUUCACAAGGACUCUGGCCUCUACAAGGACCUGCUGCACAAACUCCAUCUGGCAAAAGUGGGAGACUGCAUGGGGGAGGGUGGCGACCGGCCCAUCCGCCGCAACAACAGCUACACCUCCUACACCAUGGCCAUCAUCGGCAUGCAUGGAGACUUCAAGCCCAAAGAAGCUGACUUUCGUGCUUCCGAAGAUGCCGACAAGGAAAAAGCCAGCACCCAGGAGAGAAAGCGCAUCCGCAUGGACAGCUACACGAGUUACUGCAACGCAGUGGCGGAGAAUGGUGCACCUGAAGGUCUCGGUGAUGGUGAGGUUGCUUUGGAGAUUGCCGACGAUGAUGCUGGGAGCAGCCAUAGUUCUUUGGAGGAGGAUAGAGCUGAUGCUGACAGACCUGAAGUGUCGAUGCUCUUCCAGUUCCUUCAAAUUCUCACUGCCUGCUUUGGCUCCUUUGCUCACGGAGGAAAUGAUGUCAGUAACGCAAUUGGUCCCCUGGUUGCCCUGUGGCUGGUCUAUGACAGUGGGUCAGUUAUAUCUAGUGCACCAACUCCAAUCUGGUUGCUGCUGUAUGGAGGAGUGGGCAUCUGUGUCGGUUUGUGGGUCUGGGGCCGUAGAGUUAUCCAAACCAUGGGCAAGGACCUGACCCCCAUCACCCCCUCUAGUGGUUUCAGCAUUGAGCUCGCCUCAGCUGUCACUGUUGUGGUUGCUUCCAACAUUGGUCUUCCAAUUUCCACCACUCACUGCAAGGUCGGGUCAGUGGUGGCUGUCGGUUGGCUGCGCUCCAAGAAUGCAGUGGACUGGCGACUGUUCAGAAACAUCUUCAUGGCCUGGUUUGUCACUGUGCCCAUUUCUGGCCUUAUCAGCGCGGCCAUCAUGGCCCUGUUCACCUAUGUCAUUCUGUGAGGCCUUGAAAGUCUGCUCUGCCUCCCUCUCUGCUUACCAGGAGCCCCCACCUGCAACCAGGAUCCCCAGAGAGAGGUGGAGAGUAUAUCUCAACCUUCUCUGUCUCUCUCUACUUUCCCCCCUCCGUCAUUGGCUGCAUCAUUUUUAGCCUGUAUUGAUGACUUGUGUGCAUUGCACCAGGUCACAUACCAUAGGCCAGAGAAGAAGAUGUCUUCAAAACUAGAAUGGUUGCCAUUUAAAUUCCCUCUUGUACAUAGACGUCAAAUUAUUAUAAUUUUUUUAUUAUUAUGUAAUUAUGUACAGAACUAAAUGUUUUUUUUAAGGUAAAUGAUCAAUUACAGUGCAGUAUUAGCCUUCAUUUUACAUGCAUUUUUCAUUACUUUCAUAAUUUGAGUUCCUUAGAGAAGCUGUGUUUUGGUGCGAAGAAUUUGGGGAAGAGGAAUUUUCCUUAUGCAUUUGGUAUGUUGCGUUAAUUUUCCCCUUUUCUCAAGCAGGACUGACUAACUCAAAGCUGGCCACAAAUAGAGCCUUAUGACAACCAAAUUUUUAGGAAAGUUUUGUGAGGGUUGAUUAGCGAAGUAAAUUGGUUGCUCACAUCAUGUUCCUUAAUACAAUUUCAGUGUCCUUUUCCAGAUGUCUUGUUUUAUUCUUAGUUCUUUUGUAGGUUAUACUACAAAACGGGCCUCUAGGUAAACUAAAACUUUUAGUCCUCUUUUCUUCAAUGGUUUACAGAAUAUCAAAUUCUUCUUUUGGUGUUUUAUACCACUGUAACUGAGCUGUUAAUAUGUGCUCUGCUUUGCCCAGCGUCUAAUAACAACUAUAACGGACCAACCUGUGCUUGGAGAUGCAGUUAAACAUCUCGGCAGCAACCGCAAAGAUUCAUGCUCCUUAAAGAACAGAACCGCUCUGCUGUAGUUAGCAUGCUCUUGGCGACUCCCUUAAAUGCAGCACUUUCCCCAAAUGUUUGCUGUAGACAAUUUGAACUCCAUACGGUGUGUUAUGGCCCAUUGUGCUGUCACCAAGGGUCGUUGUUGUUGCAUAUGGAUGAAGUGUUACUAGGAUACCCAAACUCUUGUUUCACCAGUGUAAUGCUGGCCAGGGUUACUCCAGGGGCUGAAAGAUCUUAAGUUAAUUAUUAAAAAUGUCCCCUGCCAAAAUGAAUUCGACAAUCAUUUGUUUUUAGUCAAGAAAUAUAACCCCUUUUUCUGAUAUGUUUAAAAACAACCGAUGAGCCUCUUCCCUUUUAGAGUAUUACAGUAAUGCUUUGCUGUGGCGCUUGACAUCAGAAAUGGUGAAUUAAACUUGAUAAAGGGAGUGAAGUUUCCUUAUGCUGGUUUUGAGACCAUUGGCAUUCCUGUAAAACUUGACGAAUGGUGUAACUCAUCUGCUCCAGCCUUCUCAUAGACCCGGCGGUUCUGUAGUACUUCUGAGGAAUGUAUACCAAUACAAACACAAUAUAUGUAUAUAUUUUACAGUGGGUUGUUAUUGUAACCCCUACAGCAACACAAAUGACUUACCCUAUUUAUUAGGUGUGGGACAGUGGUGUUAAAUGAUGGUUUGGACUGAAGGUAGCUGUAGCUCCAUCUGCACUGCUGUGAAGCCAUUAUUUGUGAGUGGUUAUUUGGUUAUGAACUUAACUCAUUUGCUGUAGUUGCCUUAAGGAUGUUCUCUCUCUCGUUUUUUUUUUUUUUUUAAACCAAAGAGAAAAAGGGGGAGGGUUUUGUUGUCCACUGGGCUUUGGGGAUAAAAGAAUAAAUGUCUUUUCCAGUAUCA